AUUCUGAUAAUCUAAAUAAUUUAGAAAAUAUUAAUAAUUUGGCUGAUAAUUUAAUACUAAUAGAAGAAGAUUCCAGUUUUGAAGAAUUAGAUAAAGAAGCUGAUGAAUUGCAAUCAGAAAAUGACUUUGUUGAAUAUCUUUAG